AUAGUUGACCCGGAAAUAGCUAGCCAGUUGGAGUGGAGUAGUGGCAGCGGCGGUCCUCACCCUGCCUUCUGUUUCUCGUCGCCUGUCACAGCCUUUGAGCAGCGUUCAAGCUCGGACAGACAGCAGUCCAAUCAACGCUGCGGGGGAACUCGUUAGCCGGUCUGGUGGCACUUCCACGCACUGAGAUGCCAGGAAAGUCGCGCUUCAGCAGUAGAGCUCGUCGAGGCUUUCGCUGUGAUUUUUGAGAAGCAUCUCUGUGAAAGAUAGUACAGUUUGUCACCGUUAGCCGGCUGCACAGGUGUGAAAAGUCAGUGUCAUGACUGGAGCUGAGACUGAGGAUGAUAUUCCAUUAGGUGAAAGGAAGACUGUCACAGACUUCUGCUAUCUCCUGGACAAGUCCAAGCAACUCUUCAAUGGGCUACGAGACCUUCCUCAAUAUGGACACAAGCAAUGGCAGUCCUACUUUGGGCGGACCUUUGACGUCUACACUAAGCUAUGGAAAUUCCAGCAACAACACAGGCAGGUUCUGGACAGUCGGUAUGGACUGAAGAGAUGGCAGAUUGGUGAAGUUGCAUCCAAAAUUGGACAGCUUUAUUACCACUACUACCUUCGUACCUCAGAAACAAGUUACCUGAAUGAGGCCUUUUCGUUCUACUCAGCCAUUCGUCAGCGCUCCUACUACUUUCAGGUCAACAAAGAGGACAGGCCUGAAUUAGUAGUGAAGAAGCUUCGUUAUUAUGCUCGCUACAUAGUCGUCUGUUUACUUUUAAACAAGAUGGACCUUGUCAAAGUUUUGGUGAAGGAGUUAUCUGAGGAAAUUGAAGACUACACACAGCGUUUCAACACAGAGGACCAGUUGGAGUGGAACCUGGUUCUGCAGGAAGUGGCAGCUUUUAUAGAGGCAGAUCCUGUGGUAGUUCUGAACGACAACAAUUCUGUCGUCACCAUCAGCAAUCGGCUGCAGGAGGGAAGUGUGCCUCCACUGGAACAAGGCAUGGUGGUUGGGCAGCUCAUCCUUGCUGACGCACUAAUCAUCGGCAACAGUAACAACCAGGUGAAGUUCAGUGAGUUAACCAUAGAUAUGUUCCGCAUGCUUCAAGCUUUGGAGAGGGAACCAGUAAACCUGGCCACACAGACCUCCAAGCAAGGAACGAUGGAACCCAACGAAAAGCCAGCGAAGAGAGAAAACCCUCACAAGUAUUUGCUGUAUAAGCCAACCUUCAGCCAGCUUUUUACUUUCUUGUCUGCCUCUUUUAAGGAGCUACCUGCUAACAGUGUUCUGCUCAUCUACCUGUCAGCUACUGGAGUCUUCCCUACUGGGCAUUCAGAUUAUGAGGGACCAUAUGAUUUUGGAGGAGUUCUCACGAAUACAAAUCGAGAUGUGGUGAAUGGAGAGACGGUGCAGAAGAGGAAUCAGGCCCAGAAGGAAAUGCAUUGCCUUCAUCCAGGAGACUUAUUCCCUUUCACCCGGAAGCCUCUUUUUGUCAUUGUGGAUUCUUCAAACAGCACGGCCUACAAGAAUUUUACAAAUCUAUUUGGCCAGCCCCUGGUGUGCCUACUAUCACCUACGGUAUAUCCCAAGACUGUACAAGAUCAGUCUCAGCGUGGGAGUCUCUUCACUCUGUUCCUCUACAGUCCGCUCUUGGCUUUCUCCUCCGUGUGUGGCUUAAACAGUGUGCAACGAGGUCUUUGGGAAAGAGCUCAAGAAUUCCUUCGCAAAGUGUACCGUGACAUUGGGCAGAUGCUAACACGAUCGCGGACCAUAGAUCAAGCCUUUUUGCAGUUCUUUGGUGACGAGUUCCUGCGGCUGCUGUUGAUCCGCUUUGUGUUCUGCUCCGCUGCACUGAGACUGCAUAAACUCUUUCGGGAAUCUCAGAGUUUCCCGGAAUCCUAUCCAGAGCUCCCCAAACAGGACACAGUGGAGAGCAGCCUUCUACAGAAGCAUAUUUUGGAGCUGGCGACCAUGCUGGACGUGCAGAGCUUAUUUUGGGAUGAUUCACUGGAAGCCUACUAACAUCUUCACACAGGGCAGUAUGGCGUAUAUGUAAAUACAGACUCCACUGCCAAAGCCCUCAUGGUCAUUUUGUUUUUUAACAGGUAAUGAAAAAAAAAAAAACCCAA